GUGGCAACAGCACCAGCAGCAGUAGCAGCGGUAGCAGCAGUAGACAACCCGUAACUGUUAGAAAAAUUGAGAAAAAUUAAGAACUUUAAAAAUAAAAUUGUUGCCAAGUUCAAAAAUAUACGCAUACAAAAUCUGAUGCUAAAUCCUCGAGUUUACAAAUAUCAUCAUUGCUGGACGAACUCGCUCGUGUUGUCAGUGGCAGUAGCUGUGCCGCAUAAAUUUUUGUUGAUAACAUAAAUCCCCGAAGUCAAAAUUAUACUUGUGGUUGAAACAAAAAAAUAAACGUAUUUGUAAAAAUAGCGCGACUCGCAUAAAACAUAAAAGUGCUUUCCGGCUGUCGCGACAAUUUACAGAACAUACAAUAUACACAAUCCUAUACACAUUUGAUUAUUGUAAUUGUAAUUUGCUUUACACGUACAUACAUAUAAUUUGUCUCACACACAUUUUCUCCCACUCCCACGCGGCGUCGUGUGUGAGAGAGUGUUGUAACGUAUUGCUGUUGUUGUUUUAACAGUGUUGCUCCUUCUAUACGCCAAAAGCAAAACUACUCAAUAAAAAGACACACACACACUUUCAUCAUGUCCAAUACGGAGAAAGGAGGACAUCACAGAACCAGAAUUGCGCUAUCAUGCCGCCAAGUGCUAAAUCUGCUGACAAUGGUCGGCUUUAUGCUGAACUAUGCCUUGCGUGUCAAUCUUACCAUUGCCAUUGUGGACAUGGUCCAGCCAAUCACCAACACCACUACCAACACCACUACCAACAGCAUCGGCAACAGCAGCAGCGGGACAAAUAGCAGCUCCUUGGACAGCAGCAGCAGCGCGCUGUCGGGGAAUGCCACCUCCACGGAUGGAGUGGAUGUACUAGAGGGGCGCUUUCCAUGGGACACAUAUGAGCAGAACUUUGUGCUCGGCUGCUUCUUCUGGGGCUACAUUCUGACUGAGCUGCCUGGCGGUCGUCUGGCCGAGUUGAUUGGUGGAAUUCGCGUCUUUGGACAUUCCAUGCUUUGGGCCAGUCUGUUGACAUUGAUUACGCCGCUGGCGGCGCAUAUCCACUAUGUGGUGCUCAUCAUUGUACGUGUGUUGUUGGGCUUUAUGUUGGGCGCCUCCUGGCCAGCCAUUCAUCCGGUAGCUGCCGUAUGGAUUCCGCCCAUGGAUCGUUCCAAAUUCAUGUCCAACAUGAUGGCCUCUUCCUUGGGAGCCGCCAUUACGAUGCCUGUGUGUGGCUAUCUCAUCUCGGUCGCUGGCUGGGCUAGCGUGUUCUAUUUGACGGGCGUCGUUGGCCUCAUCUGGUCGCUGUGCUGGUUCGCUUUUGUCUACGAAACGCCCGCCAGACAUCCGCGUAUCAGCGCCGAGGAGCGUCGCGAGAUCGAGCAGGCCAUUGGCACAUCUACCUCAAAGAAGCGCCCCAGCAAUGUGCCCUGGAUUGAAUUGCUAUGUUCACCCGCGGUCUGGGCCAUUAUUAUUACGCAUGGUCUGUCUGUGUUUGGUUUCUUCACUGUGAUAAAUCAGUUGCCCACAUUCAUGUCCAAGAUCUUGCACUUUGACAUUAAGAAGAACGGCCUCUUCUCGUCGUUGCCUUAUCUGGGCAAGUAUUUGAUGGCGCUGUCUUCUUCCUACUUGGCUGAUUAUUUGCGUCAAAAGGGCACUUUGAGCACAACGGCUACAAGAAAAUUGUUCACCACAUUUGGGCUUGUAACGCCCGGUCUAUUGAUGGCUGCUCAAGUAUUCCUGGGUGGUGAUGCUAUCUGGUCCGUUACGCUCUUCACACUGGCUUUGUUUGCUCAUGGAGCUGUCACUGCUGGCUACCUUGGCAAUGGCUUGGAUAUAGCGCCAAACUUUAGCGGCACUAUUUUCGGCAUGGCCAACACGCUCUCCUCCUUCGGCGGCUUCUUGUCGUCGUGGAUGGUUGGCGCUUUGACCUUCAAAGAAAACACCUUCGAGCAAUGGCAAUUUGUUUUCUUGAUUCUGUCGGCCACCUAUAUAUCCGGUGCUCUUGUUUAUUUGAUCAUCGGUACGGGUGAGCUGCAGCCUUGGAAUAACCCGCCAGAGAGCAAGAAGUUUAGGGAUGUCACGCAGGAGGAGGGCGUUCCACUGAAGACCGAGAAGUAAAUGUGAAUAUAAUGGUUCCACAAGGUGCUCUGAAAAUCGCCAAACUCCUUCAAAAUGCCUUCGAAAAUUUCGUACUGUCAAUUAAAUUUUGACUAUCCCACCACAUACUGCACAAGUUAUAGUAGAUUCUACUGCACAGUUGUUACAAGAUUGUUCAAUCGCAAAUUUUUUGUUUGCUCGAAUAUUUGCAAAUAGGGGAAAUAGACAACAAAUAGCAUCGCAAGAAAGACAUUAUUUUAAAAACCCUGUAAAGUCUACACUCAUACAUUUUAUACUAUAUCUUAGCAUGUGAAUGUCUGCUUAAUGGAACUUGAAUAUGAUGAUAAGUAAUAUUUACUUUAUAGCUUAACAACUAACAUGUAGUACGAAUAGCGAAAUCGUUUUGCUAUAUAAAUAAGAAAUAUUUAAACAUUUAUCUAUAAAUACCAUGAUUAUAGUAUUUGAGUACGUUCAUGGAGUGCACAGGACCUAUUCAAUGGCGGCUUUUGAAUGUUGUAAAAAUAAUAAAUGAGAUAUUGCUGUUUUGUGCAUAAAGUGUUUAGUUUAAUUUAUUACUAUUAGAUAGAUUUAUGUAUGUAAGUAUAAAUGUAUAGCUUACUUGUAUUUUGUGUAAUUACUUUUACGAUUUUCUAAGUUCACAAUAAAAUUUGACACAGACAGAAA